UUAUUAAAUGUAAAGAUGUCCUAAUUAGAACAUGUGGGACGUGGGGUAAUGUUAAAGUGGUUAUGUGUGGCUUUCUCGCACGCUUUCAAAACAAAAUAAAUUAGGUGGCGCAACAGUUCGUGGAGAACUAGCGCCUAAUCACUUACAACUCUCAAUUACUACUCUGUGCUCUGCUGUCUGAAAUUGAGGGGACCUACAGUUUUCAUGCCGAAUCCGAGCGGCUCAUUUGAGACAACACUUUUCAUGACAGCAGGUUGUUUACUUUACUGAUUUCAAUAUUUUUCGUUUCUACAUAAUUUAUAUCUUUUUUGUACUGAUAUAAUAUUUGUAAAUUUACAUUUGCAUUUUAUUUUAACUGCCUCUCAAAUCACUUUUUUAUCCAUUGAAUGUUGUCAUAAAAUGAAAAACGACCGAUAUUAUCUUGUUAAAUGUUUUAAAGGUAAAUGCUUUCUUUGAAUAUAUAGACCUUUAACUUUUAUCAGUUCAUUUCAAUUUAAGUACUUGAAGAGUGAUUUUUGAAUCCUAGCUAAAAAAUGGCUUAUUCCGGCUUAAAUAAAGGUCCUGUUUUGGGGGUUCGCCAUGUCCAAGUGCUUCUUUUAUUUCUAUGCAUUGUUGUCAACUAUAUGGGUCGUCUGAACGUUUCUGUUGCGGUUGUGGCGAUGACAAACGCAAAAACUACAAAUCCAAACUAUGAUGAAUACUCUUGGAAUGAAAAACAAAAAUCCUACAUUCUCAGCAGCUUCUACUGGGGAUACAUUCUUACACAGUUCCCUGGCAGUUAUAUGUGUCGGAAAUGUGGUGCAAAAUUCACUAUGUUCAUCUCAACUCUGGGAUCGGCGUUUUUAAGUUUCAUUACUCCAAUUUGUAUGCCUUUGGGUGAUGGUGAAGGUUGGCAGGUUUAUUGUGGAAUUAGAGUGGUUCAAGGACUUUUUCAAGGAUUGUUCUAUUCCUGCAUUCACGAACACUUGGCCAAGUGGUCACCAGUUGAGGAACGAACUCGUUUAGGAGCUCUGUGUCAUACAGGCAUGGAAAUUGGUACAAUUUUGGCAAUGGGAGUAACUGGGCUCAUAGCCCAAUCAAGUUUGGGAUGGCCUGGAAUUUCGUACAUAUCAGGUGGCCUGGGCCUAGUUUGGUGCGCUGUGUGGCUCUUAUUUGCCGAUAAUACACCGACUACUUCCAAAUUCAUAAGCUCCGAGGAACUGAGAUAUAUUUUAGACUCACAACUAAGAGAUGACAGUGUACACAAGAAGAUCACAAUUCCAUGGAAGGCCAUUUUCACUUCAGUUCCAUUCUUUUCUCUCAUGGUUGUUCGGUCAGCUGAGGCUUGGGGCUAUUCGACUAUUCAAGCCGAAAUUCCAUCUUACUUGCGUGGCGUUCUUGACAUGGACAUUAAAAUCAAUGCCUUUUUCUCAGCACUUCCAUUUCUAGCCAUGUUCAUAAUAUCGUAUAUCUACCUCAUUGCAACGGAUAUCCUAUUGAAAAAGGAUAUUUUCACUCUGGCAACCCUGAGAAAAACCAUUAACUCAAUUGCGAUGUGGAUUCCAUCAGCAACACUUGUUGCAGUGGGAUUUUUGGAUGAAACUCAAAAGAUAUUGGCCAUUGUUCUAAUGACUCUAACGGUGGGUUUCAAUGGCGGAGUUACAAUCGGAAGUGGCUUGAAUACAAUCGACUUAUCAUCGAAUCAUGCCGUUAUAUUGAUUGGAAUCAUUAACACAGUAGUGAGUUGUGUUUCUUUGGUGACACCUUUGUCCGUGGGUAUUAUCGUAACUGAUGCUACUGAUCGAUCGCAGUGGCAAAUUAUUUUUAUAAUCUCAGCUGUCAUGUUCUUUUUGGGGAACUUACAAUUCAUCUUCCUCGGAACAACAGAAACUCAAGUUUGGAACCAUGAAAACUUCUUAGCUGGAGGAACACCAAACAUAGAACAGGCCGAUGGAAUUAGUGUUCCCAAGUGCUUAAAGCCGGAUCCACUAAAUCCAAUGGAUAGUUAUAUCUGGAGAAUAGAAUAGAGCUUCUUAAAUUGGAGUUCAGGCUGUGAUGUUUGUUAUUUAUAUUUUUAGGUUAAUAAUUCUUACCCAUUGAUGUUAUUUAAAUAUUAUAGGAGUAAAACCUUUUUACAAAAACA